AUGGCGGUUUUCAGCUCGGAGAGGCUGCUGGCCUACAGCCCUCCCCGCAAGAGCCCCUCGAGGACCCACUGGCCGGUCGCCGUCCCCCUCCGGUUCAUAUCGCUGCCGCUGCACGGUCGGAGGAGAUUGGUGGUGAUCAGCGCCUACAGGUCGCCCUCCUCGUCCCUCCUCGAGGAGUCCUCCGAUGAGGUUGCCGCCGGCGAGCCCCAAGCCUUCCGGCCGAAGCCUCAGAAGCCCGCCGCCAUCUCCGAUGGGUUCAUCAAAGGGCUGGCCAAGAGCCCGGAGAUGGAGGCCCUCGCCUACGAUUACUACCGGAAGGCGAGAGCUCAACCGGAGUACCAGCCGGACAGGCAGACUCUCCGGGUGCUCAUUCGGUACCUGCUCAAAUGCCGUCAGUGGGACUCCAUCUCUGCUCUGUCGGAGGAUUUCAGGGCCUUGGGCGUGUUCCCCGACGCCGCCGCCUGCGCGACGCUCGUCGGCGGCUGCAUCGGGGCCCGCAAGUUCAAGCUCGCCGAGGCCUUGCUCAGGGCCUUCCAGGACAAGCCCACCGUCGCAGCGGCGGCGUUCGGCGCCGCCAUGCGCGGCUACAACAAGCUCCACAUGUACAGCAGCACCCUCGGAGUGCACGAGCAGAUGAGGGCCGCCGGCGUCCCGCCGGACCCGGGCUGCUGGUGCUCCGCCAUGGACGCCCACCGCAAGCUCGGGAACACGGACCAGGUGUUCGCCCUCUUCCUCGAGAUGGGCCCUUCUUACCACUCCGCUCGGAUCUACUCCAUCCUCUGCGACUCGCUGGGGAGAUCCGGGAGGGCCUUCGAGUCGCUGAGGUACUUCAGGGAAAUGAUCCAGAGGGGGAUCUCGCCGGAUUCCUCCUCUUAUGCCUCCCUGAUAAGCUCCUUCGCCGGAAUCAGGGAGGCGGAGAUCGCGGAGGACCUCUUCCAGGAAGCCCGGCAGAAGCAACUGAUCAACGACCCCGCCGUCUUCCUCAAGCUCGUGCUCAUGUACGUGGAGACCGGAGCUCUGGAUAAGACCCUGGAGGUGGUCCGGGCCAUGAAGGAGCUCAAGAUCGGGGUCUCCGACUGCGUCUUCUGCGCCGUCAUCAAUGGCCACGCGAGGAAGGGCGGCCUCCGCGCCGCCGUCAGGGCCUACGAGGAGCUUAUCUCCCUGGGCUGCGAGCCGGGGCAGGUGAGCUACGCCUCCGCCAUCAACGUCUACUCCCGGCUGGGGCUCCUCGCCAUGGCGGAGGCCCUGUUCCAGGAGAUGCUCGACAAGGGCUUCGACCGCUGCGUCGUCGCCUACGCCACCAUGGUCUCCGUCUACGGCAGGUCCGGCAGGGUGAGAGAGGCCACCAGGCUUCUGGCCCGGAUGAAGGAGAAGGGCUGCGAGCCCAAUGUCUGGGUCUACAACUCCCUCAUCGACAUGCACGGCCGCGCCACCAAUCUCCGCCAGGUGGAGAAGCUCUGGAAGGAGAUGCGGCGGCGGCGGGUGGCCCCCGACAAGGUCAGCUACACCAGCAUCAUCGGCGCCUACAGCAAAGCCAAGGAGUUCAAAGAGUGCGUCAGGUUGUACGAGGAGUUCCGUAUGACCGGCGAGAAGGUGGACCGGGCCAUCGCCGGCAUCAUGGUCGGCGUCUUCUCGAGGAGCGGCCGGAUCGACGAGCUGGUCAAGCUCCUGCAGGACGUGAAGGCCGAGGGGCUGCCGCUGGACGAGCGACUCUACGCGUCGGCCAUGAACGCGCUGAGGGACGCCGGGCUACAGACGCAGGUCAGGUGGCUACAGGAGAGCUUCCCCUUCCCGGCGGCCAAGUCCUGA